AUUUGUGUUCUGCAUAUGUGGCAGUUUCACAUGUUGUGAAGAAGCGCAAGUUCAGGGCGUCCAGUUCCGAACGAGUUGCGCCCAAGUACCUUCGACAGACGACAGCACUGCUGCUCCCGGUGCAACAUGGUGGCCUACACGGGGACACGCGGGGGGCGCGAUUUUGGGGAUGUGAGCAUGGAAAGGUCGGAGGACGAGUUCCAGCUGGUGCCUGAUGGCGAUUUGGAGGCUGAGGGGGAUUCGCCGCAUUUCACGCCGCCUUGGAGGCCCGAGUCCCCCAUUCUUCCGAGAGUCAUCAAUAUUCGAUGGAAAUGGGUUCAUCGAUUAUCGACGGUCGUCCUGAUCCUGAUGUUCCUGGGGAAGAUACCUCCGUCCGGUCCACGGAAGUGGGGAUUCUAUUGCAACGAUCCUGCCAUCAGCCACAAGUUCACCGGGGACACGAUCACCCCGACCUGCCUCCUCUCUGUCACGUACUUUGGCAUCUUGGCUUUGAUCCUGUUGCUGGAGUGCUUCAAACAUGAAGGAUCGGAGGAGUCAAUCAAGGGAAGGAUCAAGACAGGAUUCUGGUUUUACAGCUCCUUUCUUGUUGGGAGCAUGUACACCCUCUUUCUCACGGAAGUCCUCAAAUCACUGAUGGGAAUGCCCCGUCCCCAUUUCAUGGACACUUGCCUGCCAGAUCACGAUCCUUUCACCUGUGAUGCUGGGGAGAGGAUAUUGGAGUACCAGUGCCAGAGCGAGAGAGAGACUUCAUGGUAUCAGGGAGAUUCGUACAAAUCCUUUCCAUCGGGGCACGCCAGCCUUUCGGCAUCCACAGCCACCUUCAUGAUUUACUACCUGAGGCAGAGAUGUUGGGAUUGGAGUUUCAUUUCAGUCCCCCUCCAAGUCAUCAGUAUGCUCUGGGCUGUAGUCGUGGGAGCAUCCCGAGUCAUUGAUCGGAGGCAUCAUUGGUGGGAUGUCCUCGUUGGGGAUGUGAUAGGAUUCUUCAUCACCGCUGGCAUUCUAAUCAUCUACCACAGCCAAGUGAGGCAAAGAAAGGAGCAACGCCUGCAGCAGCAGGAGUUGCUGGUUGGGAAUGAAAAGGAUAAAGCACAUUAAUGCCCUUCAGUUCUAGUCACCCAUCUGUCCAUUGACCAAAAUGUUGGAAGCAAGCAGGUGCUCUGGAAGUACUUUCAUCGUUAACUCUGUGAGACCAAGUUGUGAUUCCAAAGCUUUGUAGUUUUUCGAUCCUAGUUUUGUAUGAGUAUACCCUUGAAAUCAUUCCUGUUUUUUGCCAUGAUUGUUUUACCUUGAGAGUCAUUACGCUUGUAAUGACUCUCGAGUGGUGAUUGUGAGAAGUAGUAGCUCAUCGGGGAAAGCAGCAUAGAAAGAACUGAUCCAGUAUUAUCAACUCUAUUUUGUUCAAAUUGUAAACCCAUUUAUAUGUUAUAGUCUUCUCUUGUGUGUUUCAAGAUAUAAGAAUUUAAUUCUCUCGAGAUAUUGCCACAGCCGGCAGAAGUGGUCGUUUUCCUCUCUAGUAGCAAUUGCAGCAAUUUGUUGGUGCAAUAAUAACCACAUACAUGAGUACAAUUUGUUAUCUCCGGGGAGAGCCUGGAGGGGAAGGCGUGCUACCAUUCUGUUGAAUUAAUUUGCAUUCCUGUGUGGGGGGAAGGGCACUCUGACACAUGGGG